AACGCAAAGUGGAUCGAGUCAGUACUGGACAGGCUACCACUGUGUGGUGUCACGUGUGUCGUCUCGAGAGAAUUACUCGACGAUCCAUCCAUUCGACGCGCGAAAUUUCCCGACGAAACGAAAAACGAACAACCGAACGGUGAAACGGUCGCAUUUUAUUACAAAUAUCGGAUUACCCUUUCUCGCGAGAUCUCGUGAGGCAGGGAACUUGAGAAGAACGCAAUGUCAGCUGCAGUGAGGGAGAGAACAACAACGCACACCAGCAGAAAGAUAGUGAGUCAUGGCAGUCCUAUAUCGGGCCACAGUCAGUCGACAACCACGGCCAACAGCCUCGAAAACAACUUAGACGCUCUUCUCGAGGACUUGCAAACAAGUGUCUCAAGAAGUGCCACCCCGAGCCGAGGCGGCAGGGCACUUUCGCCUCAAGUAGAGUAUCGCGUAGCUGCAAAUCCCACCAAGGUGGUUUCCGAAGGCAGAGCCAUCUCGCCCACUAGAACCAUGACCACCACCACCGAAAAAUAUGUAAGCACUGGGCCGAGUGGUGCGCCGAGUGGUAUACCUGAUUUGAACUUGAUCGAUUCGGAAUUGCAAAAUGUACAGCCUGGUCAAAGCAAAACGAUCGCUUAUAAACAGGUGUCGUAUCAAUAUAACAAAAGUGUGGAUGGAAAACCAAUUGACUCGUGGGUAGCAGACAACGCAUUAACCAACACCAGUUCGGCUUUAAUCGAUGAUAUCCGAGAAAGGAGUUACGAAGAAAGCACAAUCCCCCGUGGCUUAGAACCGGUCGGCAAAUCGGUCAACAGAGAACUAGUGUAUAACGAUAGUUCUGUAUCUCGUUCGAAGCAAACUUCGCCUUUACCAACAGGUACUCAGAGGGAUGUGAAAUAUAUUCACGAAUCUUCCAGCUACCAAACAGAACCAGCGCAAAACACGACGGUAACGACUACGGUGCACGCGAGUGCUGCGCAAGAAUAUGGAAACGUCGAGUACGUACCAGUGCCAUCGCCAACAGCAGCGAUACCGAUCAAUCUGGCACCGGGUCCGAACACCAAAGUAACCACCACCAUUAAAACGUACACUUACGAGCUACCAGGACCGCCUGAAACCUAUUUACCAGGUGGCAACGCGCCAGGCACCGUUGUGCUGCCAGGUGAUCAAACUAUCACGUACACGAUACCGAAAGGAACUGGCUCCACGGACAAAACCAUCGCUUAUCAAACCGUGACCGAGAACGUUUCAUCUAGAACACCAGCCAGAUACAGCAGUCCGCCGCCUCCUGUAACAGACGUGACAAAGAAAUCUACCACGAUCCAUCAAGAGUCAAAGUUCUAUCACGAGCAACACCAUGAUAGUCCGGCCAACGUGCAACCAACCACCACGGUCUAUCAUCCUGGUUCACCACCCUUGGCGAAUAAAACAACGAUCACGCGAAAUGAAAAAUACUAUCAGGUGGAUGGAGGUUAUCCAAACGGGCAUACGGUUGGCGAUCGACCACCGGAUCAUCCGGCAACCACGGUCAUCUAUCAGAACCAACCACCGACUAUAAACGAGACUCGCACAACGAUAAAUCGGAUCGAGGAACAUUAUCCUAGUCGACCACCGUCCGCCGGACGACAUCCGACACCCGAUAAACCGGCAACACCGGUUAAUUAUUAUACAUCACCGGCACAGCCCACUUCCCCGCCGCAGUCUACCACAACAAUAUACAAAUAUUCCAACACCACCACGUCGAUACCUCCGAACAAGAAUCCCGAGGACCACGAACUUUUGUUACCUAAACCGUUCCCGACCGAGGCUGUUCAGCUCUAUCCAUCGAACAAGCCGGCUAACAACAACGUGCAAACUCCGCCCAAGAAGUUGGAGGAUCUCAUGGCAUCGUUUUCUGACACAGAGCGCGAGGUCCUGGAAGACAUUGAAAAAAGGGAAAAGGAACAACAGAAGGAGUCGCCAUCGGUGAAAAAGGAGGUUGACUUCGUACCCCAUACACCGCCCAAAGUAAAAAGUAAAAAUGUUGCUGGUCCUCCGGUUUAUUAUCCUCCCGGAGCAGCAGAAUUCACUAAGAAAGAAGAGGCUAGUGCAGCUAUGUCACAGUCUGGCGGUGGAGGAUGGCAAAAGGCUAAGGCGAAAUACGAAUACGAAGCGUCCGGUAAAAGUAAAUCGAAAUCGAGUAGCGGCAAAGCUGUUGUUCCUGUUUGUUUGCCACUUUGUUGCGCCUUGCCAUGUGUAAUUAUGUAAAUUAUAUCGAUAUUAAUAUCAAUACCAAUAUCAAUAUCAAUAUCAAUAUCAAUAUUAAUACGUAUUAAUCUUGAUUAAGCGACUUAUUAGUCGUGUUUUGAACGAUCGCGCGUCAGAAUCGAUCACUUGUGCCACUUGCGUAGAAUAAAAUUUAGAGAACAACCUUAACGUAAGAAACAGUAAACGUAAGAAACGAUUUUAAAAAGCUACAAAAUGAUUGCGAAACGAUUACGAAAUGAUUACGAAAUAAAAUGCAAGCAAAUAUU